AUGGCGUCUGACUCUAAGGCAAAGCAGGGAAUCUGUGGAGUGCAGUGCGAGGUUUCUGGUCGGUGUGACCUGUCACAGAGCAGACUUGGCCCCGCUUAUCAAUUUGAGGUUAGCCGCAGCUUCGCAACAAAAACGAAGAAGUACAAGAUCAAGAGCUACUCAUCGUACAAGCAGCGCUUUUGGUCCAUGCGUGACGGGGGGUUUAAGAGGAUGAAGGCUGGCAAGCGGCACAACGCUUCAGCAAAAACCAAGAAGCAGCUGCGGCGGUUAAGAACGCCAACAACGACCCCUCCAGCACUCGCCAAAGUAAUGAGGCAGCUUGGCUUUCAAGGGCGGUAGCAUGAUGGGCGCUUCUUUAAAUCGACUUCGAGUUUGAAGUGGGUGCCUAAGGUCUGCUGCAAAGACGGCUGAAUCAGUGACUAUCUGCAUUUGACGGUCCGACCAGGAAAACCUGUAAUUGAACGGUUCGGUGAGCAGAGCUGUCGAAUGGUCGCUUCGCUCACAUGUUGGUGCGUACAAUUUCUGGUCGAGCCUCGGCACUUUGUCUACUUGUAUGAUAUGACGAC